CAUAUCCUCCCCAUGAUCCCUCAACUCAAGAGGCAACAUCCUCUGGCUGCAGCGAGGGGAAGCUGGCCUCACUGUGACUCUCCGCUCUGCAGCAGGUAACACCCCAACCCCAAACCUCAGAGCCAGAGCUGCAAACCUCCAAACACUGCUUCACGCUUCUCGGUGUGGGUGAAACUUGUCUGUCAGGUCUAUUUGCUCUCAGGCGUCUAUGGGACGGUCUUCAAGGCAUAUCUUCUCUCUGCCUGACCUGAGGACUUGCUAACGGACCUGAGGAGAGAGGUGUGUUCGUUUUCUCUCGAGAAGAACAGACGGCACCAAACAAGUCGGACUCACUUUAAGAAAAGAGACGGUAAAACAGGAGAAACCAGCACGAUGAUGGAACUGAGGAUCCAGCUGAUCCCAACGGGGGAAAUCAUUCUUCCUCCGGGGAAGAACGGAGAGAACUACUGCCACGGCUGCAAGGUGGUGGCUAGUGACGGGGUGCGGGCUAUGAUGGAGUCGGCCCUGACAGCCAGAGACCGGGUGGGCGUGCAGGACUUUGUCCUGCUGGAGAACUACACCAGCGAGGCGGCCUUCAUAGAGAACCUGCGCAAACGCUUCAAAGAGAAUCUCAUCUAUACGUACAUCGGCUCAGUGCUGGUGUCAGUCAACCCGUACAAAGAGCUGGAGAUCUACACCAAGAACCACAUGGAGCGAUACCGUGGAGUCAACUUCUACGAGGUCUCACCACACAUCUACGCAGUGGCGGACAACUCGUACCGCUCCAUGAGGACGGAGAGAAAGGACCAGUGCAUCCUGAUCUCUGGGGAGAGCGGCGCUGGGAAGACAGAGGCGUCCAAGAAGAUCCUGCAGUACUACGCCGUCACCUGUCCGGCCAGCGAGCACGUGCAGACCGUCAAAGACCGACUGCUGCAGUCCAAUCCCGUGCUGGAGGCCUUCGGCAAUGCCAAGACGUUGCGUAACGACAACUCGAGCCGCUUUGGCAAGUACAUGGACAUUCAGUUUGACUUCAAGGGCGCCCCAGUUGGAGGCCACAUCAUCAACUACCUGCUGGAGAAGUCCCGCGUGGUGCACCAGAACCACGGGGAGCGCAACUUCCACAUUUUCUAUCAGCUGAUCGAGGGAGGAGAGGAGGACCUGCUGAGACACCUGGGCCUGGAGAGGAACCCUCAGCAGUACCAGUACCUGGUCAAAGGUAACUGUCCCAAAGUGAGCUCCAUCAACGACCGCAGCGACUGGAAGACGGUGAAGAAAGCCUUGACUGUGAUUGGCUUCAGCGAGGAAGAGGUGGAGGAGCUGUUGAACAUAAUUGCCAGUGUGCUCCACCUGGGGAAUGUGCAGUAUGGCGGAGAGGAAGGCACCGUCUGCAUCACCUCUGACACACAGAUAAAGUACCUGACCAGGUUGUUAGGAGUGAAUGGACCAGUGCUGACAGAGGCACUCACACACAAGAAGAUAAUUGCCAAGGGAGAGGAGCUGGUGAGCCCACUGAACCUGGAGCAGGCGUCAUCGGCUCGGGAUGCUUUGUCCAAGGCGGUGUACGGACGCACCUUCACAUGGCUGGUUAACAAGAUCAACAGUUCACUGGCAUACACGGAUGACUCCUACAAGAACUGCUCAGUCAUCGGCCUGCUGGACAUCUACGGCUUUGAGGUCUUCCAGAACAACAGCUUUGAACAGUUCUGCAUCAACUACUGUAACGAGAAGCUGCAGCAGCUCUUCAUCGAGCUCACCCUCAAGUCAGAGCAGGAGGAGUACGAGGCCGAAGGCAUCACGUGGGAGCCGGUGCAGUACUUCAACAACAAGAUCAUCUGUGACCUGGUGGAGGAGAAGUUCAAAGGCAUCAUCUCCAUCCUGGAUGAAGAGUGUCUGAGACCCGGAGACGCCAGUGACCUCACCUUCCUAGAGAAGCUGGAGGACACUGUGGGAGGACAUCCACACUUUGUCACUCACAAGCUGGGUGAUGCAAAGACCCGGAAGGUAAUGGGCCGUGACGAAUUCAGACUGCUGCAUUACGCUGGAGAGGUCAACUACAAUGUCAACGGAUUUUUGGACAAGAACAACGACCUGCUCUUCAGGAACCUAAAAGAGGUGAUGUGCAUGUCCGAGAACAAGAUCCUGACCCAGUGUUUCGACAGGGAGGAGCUGACUGACAAGAAACGUCCAGAGACGGCAGCCACCCAGUUCAAAGCAAGUCUGGCGAAACUAAUGGAGAUCCUUAUGUCGAAGGAGCCGUCGUACGUCCGCUGCAUCAAGCCCAAUGACUCCAAGCAAUCAGGUCGGUUUGACGAGGUGCUGAUCCGUCACCAGGUCAAGUAUCUGGGGCUGAUGGAGAAUCUGAGGGUGAGGAGGGCCGGCUUUGCUUACAGACGGCGCUACGAGGUCUUCCUGCAGAGGUAUAAGUCCCUGUGUCCAGACACGUGGCCUAACUGGCAGGGGAAGCUGUCUGAUGGAGUGGCCACACUGGUCAAACACCUGGGAUACAAGCCUGAGGAGUACAAACUGGGCAGAUCCAAAAUCUUCAUCCGCUUCCCAAAGACCUUGUUUGCCACUGAGGAUGCACUAGAGACCAGGAAACACAGUCUUGCCACCAAGCUGCAGGCGGGAUGGAGAGGCUACAGCCAAAAGUCCAAAUACCAAAAACUGAGAACCUCAGCGAUUGCCAUCCAGGCGUGGUGGAGAGGGAUCCUGGCCCGGAGGAGAGCGCAGCGCAGGCGACAGGCUGCUGACACCAUCCGCAGGUUCAUCAAAGGCUUCAUCUACCGCCACAAAGAGCGCUGUCCAGAGAACGAGUACUUCCUGGAUUACGUGCGCUACUCCUUCCUCAUGAAGCUGCGCAGGAACCUGCCCAAGAACGUCCUGGACAAGAGCUGGCCGACACCUCCGGCUGCUCUCGUCGAGGCGUCAGACCAUCUGCGUAAGCUGUGCAUGCAGAACAUGGUGUGGAGCUACUGCAAGAAGAUCAGUCCUGAGUGGAAACACCAGAUGGAGCAGAAGAUGAUCGCCAGCGAGAUCUUCAAGGACAAGAAGGACAACUACCCACAGAGCGUGCCCAAACUGUUCGUCAGCACCAGACUCAAUGGCGAGGACAUCAACCCCAAAGUGGUGCAGGCUCUGGGCACCGAAAAGAUGAAGUACGCAGUGCCAGUCACCAAGUACGACAGGAAAGGCUACAAGGCUCGGCCCCGCCAGCUGCUGCUCACCGGCAACAGCGCCGUCAUCGUAGAGGAGGGAAAACUCAAACAGCGCAUCGACUACGGAGCUCUGAAAGGUAUCUCCGUCAGCUCCCUCAGCGACGGCCUGUUUGUUCUGCACGUGCCCAGUGACGACAACAAACAGAAGGGCGAUGUGGUUCUGCAGAGCGACCACGUGAUUGAGACCUUGACCAAGAUUGCGAUCUGUGCCGACAAAAUGAACACCAUCAACAUCAACCAGGGCAGUAUAAAGUUUACAGUGGGUCAGGGGAAAGAGGGCGUCAUCGACUUCACGCCCGGAUCAGAACUACUGGUGGCCAAGGCGAAGAACGGACACUUGUCUGUGACGGCUCCCAGACUCAACUCCAGAUGAUGGCCACUCUGACCACACACUUGCGCCAGGACCUGCGUGCUCCUGACCUCUCCCAUCCUCCAAUCACAUGACCGCAGACCCCUGCUCUGCCUAAGCCAAUCAGACGCCAGCUACACGGGUGGCAUGUGCUUCCAAUUAAAAAAAAACAACAAAAAACAAAAAAAAAAACACAAAUAAAAAUCCAGCAAAACUAAUUGAUAUAUUUAUGUUUAUAUAUUAUAUUUUUGGGAUUAAUACUGUUGCUGUUUGAAUAUUCUGAUUUUUAUAUAUGAGGCCAAGGAAUAACAAAUAUGUUGGUGCACUUUUUCUGCACCAUGUGUGUUUAUUGUGCUUUAUUUGGGAACAUGACCAAGAAAACAAUGAGGGAAGAGUCGGAAUAAGAGACAACAACAACGAGGAGGAGGAGGGUGUUGUUGUUGAUGAAAAUCAGGGUUGCCUGUUGCCUCGUUUUUUUUCCUGUUUACUUUCUCUGCUCGACUUACAGGCUUGUGUUGCUGACGCGACUUUAACUGGGGCGGAUGGCGUGUUGUUGAAGCGUGGAGGUGAGAAGAACGAGGCUGACGGUAUGUAGGAUAGCUGUGGAGAGGAUCAGGGACGAGGACGAGCAACUUUUCAAUCUAAUGGUGAUGCUUUGGCACGGAGAGGCUCGUAGUGUCAGACUAAAUCAACAGUUGGAUGUGCGACUGAAUUUAUGUCACAAAUCUGUUUGUGCUUGAAUGAGAGGAAGUCUGUCAUGAGGGAUUCACAUCAUAAUAUAACCAGCGCGCGGUGUAACAGUACGUGAGAAGAGGGUGAGAAAAGGCAAGAGAAAGGUGAAGGGAAACAUGAGAGCACGCAGCAGGUCUUUGCCGUGACGCCCGGCGCUUGUGCCUUUCUCUUUGACUAAUUUAUUCAUGAGUUGAGCUGAAUAUUGAUGUAUGAAAACCAUGACACUCAGUGCGAGAAUGAGUCGAGUUAAGUGUAGAUAGAAAUCCUCUGACUGAAUCUUGUUCCAGCAGCAGCUGCCUGUACUGCAGCCUUCACUUGUAACCUGCUCCGACCUGGUCCGAGGCCCCAGCGUCUCUCUCUGUCGUACAUUUCCUCCAUCUUUCCUCCAUCUGUCCCCUUCUGCUCUGCUUUGCUCCUCCAGUCUCCUCCCUGACCUGCCUGUUGUCUGUCGUAGAGAACUGAGGCUUCUGUCUGGCUGUGACUGAACUGGUCUGAUGGCUACACCCGACUAUGUUUCCACCAAUGUCUCUAAUGUGUUGAUUCUUUGAAACAGGAUUCAGACCAACACGUGAAACUAAAACUCACAUUUUGAAGCUGCAGGUGUAAAAAUCUGGUUCCGCUAAAAUGCAUAUGAAGGCCAAAAACAUCGGUUUAAGAUGGAAGCUACUAAAAGCUGUGUCUUAAAUGUUUGGCAUGUUUAAACGGGACAUUUUUAAAGGAAUAUUUUAACAUUUUUCCUGAGAGGUAGAUGGGAACAUUGAUCCCUCUCUCGUUUCUGUAUGCUAACUAUGAAGCUCAAGCUUAGCGUAUGCUGUGUUCAAACUACGAGCGACACAGCGACAAUGUACCGAGCUACAUCAUCGCCAGGUCGCAGCUCAAGUGCUCGUUAACGCAGUUGCAUCAUCAGGGGCUUGUGUGUGUCGCUACUUGCCUCAAAGCACCUCUACUGAAAGUCUGAAGUUUGUUUGUGGUUUGAAAUGUAUCUGUGCUUUUCAUCAACGUCUGAGCCCCAUGCUAACGUCACAUUUAGCCGCCCCUGUGUAUCUGUGUGUGCACCACAGUACACAGAAAGUUAGCAUAGCAGGCCCCCAGGAAUGCAACUCAGCCUUGCAGCCAAACUUGCAGCGAAAAAUCCCCAGCAGCACAAAAAGCGUCGGUAAAACUGCUAACAGGACACCUCGAACUGCAAACAAUGUCAACUAUGACUCCGUCUGUUAUGAAUUUUUUAACCAUGGUGGUAUAAUAUUUGUUACACUUUCCUCAAGCUGAGAAAAGCCAUUUAAAAAGCUAUGACGUAAUCUCUAUGUAAAGUCUACGAGCCAAGCGGGAACUUGCGAGCGGAGCUAGAGGGAGGCGUUUAUUCAGUUGGCCGUAUCCCAUGGAAGUAAACCUAGAAGCUAGAAACUUUUAUUGGCGUAUGCGCCAGACGAGCAACUCCAACUAGAAUGACAGGGGUCCAUCUUGGUACGCGUUAUCUACGUAUUAUUUUACAUCCGUGCAGCUUACUUAGCUAAACCAGUGGUUCCCAACUGGUCCAGAUUUGUUCUUGGUCCAUUCAGAAUGGACCUGCAACCCACCUUUGGACCACAGCCCACCAGUUGGGAACCACUAAGCUAGACAAAAGCUGAAAAGAAAAUUGAGGGAGGUUCAACUUUGAUUUGUGGCGCAUCAUGGCCGUCCAUAGCGACGUGUUGGAUGUCAGUUUUUGGCCUCAUGUUGCUGGCUUCCACUGAAAAUGACUUGUGGCCUGUUGCUGUUUCACUCGUAGUGUGAACACGGCGUUAGGGGAAAGAGCUAGUUUGGCUCUGCCUGAAGGUAAAGAAAAAUUCAUCAACACAGGUUCGCUGUUUGCUCCUGUUCAUAGUCUUUAUGCUAAGCUAAGCUAAUCGUGUCCUGACUGUAGUUUCGUAUUUUUCUUACAGAUAUGAAAGUCGUGUUAAUUUCUAAUCUAACUCUCAGCAAAGAAAGGUGCGUUCGUGCACUUCCCCAAAACGUUGAACUGUUCCUUUAUUGCCAGGAACUACAAACAUCUGGAGACUUUUCAGGGUAGGAAACUUCUGAAACAGCACCUCAAUCGUGAUUCGACUUAAACAGUCAAAUAUUUCUGCAUCCUUAUAAAACAUCACACCAGUUCAGGUUCAGGCCUCCCGUACAUCAGUUCUACAGAUAAUGUUUCUGUAACUCUGACCAAAGACUGAUCCUGAAAAAGUUGUGUCAUUGAAAACCUUCGAGAGGAGCUCCAAAAUGUUUCCAAGUUUUUUUCUUCUUGUUUCUUUUUCCCGGCUCAAUGACACAACUCUUUCCCUGCAUGGCUCUGGGUGGCGAGGCGGGUGCACUGCGCCCAGACAGGACUGUGCUGCUGCACCUCACAUAAACUAGCCAAAGACCCUGUUGAUUUCUAGCGAUUCUGUUUGUAUGAUUUAUGAUAUUAUUAUGAAUGUUAUGUUGUUUUGUCAGGAGGGACAUCUGUGUGUACAGCCUGUGUUCUGUGUUAUAAAUGAGCGAUUCAAGCCAAGUCAGGUUUGAUGAUGUGAAACAUUUGGGGAGAAAAAGCUUCUAGUAUUUGUUCGUUCAUGUGCCUUGUUGGAGAGCAAUACAGCAGAUUCAUGUGGAGUUAUUAGAGAAAUGCCUGCUUUGCCAGAGUCCUCGGCGGACGGCGGUCGUCGGGCCGUUUCUAAAAGUUUCCCAGCAGCACCCAAAGGUCUCCUCCCUCUGUGUGUAUAAGCUUUACUCAAACCGGAUCCUUAGUUUGUCCUUUGAUUUACAGAUGCACUCCUGUUAUCAGUCCUGACUUACUGUAUGCACCCAACCAAUGUAUAAUUAUACCAAACACACUAAAAGAUAAGAUACUAAAGAUUUAAAAAUAAAUUUGAAAAGUAAAUAUAAACUGA